AUGGCUGGAGAAAGGCAUGACAAUGUUGUAGUGGUCGGAGCUGGAAUCAUUGGACUUGCGUCUGCUCUGCUGCUGGCUGAAGAUGGUCUGAAUGUCUCUAUCGUGGCCAAAGAUCUUCCAGGAGAUGGUGGUCUAGGAUGGGCAAGUCCCCACGCAGGUGCAACUCUGAUCCCUCCCCCAGAAAUGGGCAAUCAGGAAAUGGCAAUGGAGUCUAUCAGGUGGUAUCGAAGUCUCGCCAAAUCAGAUCCCAGUAGCAGUGUUCGAACUGUAAAAGCCACUGAGUAUUUCACCGACAGGGAGACCGACGAUGCGAUAUGGUACAAGGAGUUCGUUCCGAAAUACAAGCUACUUCCAAAGGGCUCACUGCCACCUGGUUACAAAGUUGGAUAUUCUUUUGAGACUUGCCUAGCUAACCCGGAGGUCUUCCUACCCUGGCUCAAAAAGACGCUGGAAGGGUUAGGGGUCAACUUCAUACGAUCCGAAGUAAAAUCACUCCUCGAAGCCAAAGCAAUGACCGGCGCGUCAAUCGUUGUCAAUGCCUCUGGACUUGGGGCGAAAACCCUUGCUACAGACUCCGCUGUUGUCGGAUAUCGGGGUCAGACGAUGUUUGUCAAGAGCGAUUAUAACGAGGUCAGAUUAAUCAAUGGCCACGAGUAUACCUAUGUCAUUCCACGCAUGUUCUCUGGAGGAGUCAUACUAGGAGGCAUCAGUCAAGAGAACAACUUUGAUGGUACUGUUGACACAAAUUUACGCAAAGACAUCUUGCGGAGAGUCAACAGAAUGACUGGGGGAGCAUUCGAAUACGUUAAUAUCGAUACGGACGUCAAGGACAUUGUCGGUGUUAGACCUGGCCGUAAAGGGGGCAUCAGAGUUGAGCUUGAUGGUGAUACAGUUCAUGCCUACGGCUUCAAGGGAGCGGGUUACGUGUAUUCCUUUGGUGCAGCAGCCAAAGUCAAGCGACUUGUUCUACAGGCCCUUGGAAAAGCACGGCCGAAGCUGUGA